AUGGCUGAGGAAGAUGGCCAAAUAUUGAUAAAAAAUCACCAGAAAAAGACUAAAAUUGAAGAAAAUGGAGAUUGGUCAUCAAGAUUUCCUUGUAUUGGGGACAAUCUAUGUGAUGGUGGAUACAUUGAUAUUGUAGAAAGCAGAGUGAAGAAGAGAAAAAGAAGGAAGAAAUUGGAUAAAGAAGAAGAAGAUAAAUUCACAGUUGAAAAGGGUCAUGAUUUGCCAAUUGAAUCAGUGAAGAAGCAGGACCCUUUGGUUGUACUUGGCUAUGAUAUCAUGCUUAUGAUAUUCGGCUACCUUGACGCACGCAGCGUGGUACUAUCUCUCCUUGCCUCUUGUAGAUGGCAUGGAGUUGCUUGCAGUGAUAGACUCUGGGCUCCCAAGUGUGAGGAGUUAUGGCAUGGUAAAGCUCACAUAUCUCGCAUAUCAAAAUUCCGGGGAUUGUCAAAGUUAGCUGCUUACUCAUUGUCCACUUUGGAUGGCAAACGUACCCGGAUAAUGAGGGAUAACUUGUGCGAUCAUAUCUGGGAGUUCCGUUUCACUGAGGUAUGUAUGUUCUGGGAUGUCCUGGAUUUCUUGUAGACUUCACUUGCACUUGUACUUUUGGAUC